UAACGAUAAAUUUCACUAUAAUACAUGAUAAUAAUAUAUGUGCGAGAUUCUGAGAAGAAGCCGAGGUCCGCGCUGUGAAAGAAGAUACUCGCGCAUCGAUUUACUUGGAGGGAUUUACUCGCUCGCACUUCUUACCCAACGAACGCCAAAAUGCUCGUUGACGAGAUGCCGCGCAGUUUUGUUAAGAAGAACAACAGCUACAGCCACUGCCCGCUUAAGAAGCGGCCGGUGAACGUGAUGCUCGCCGAGGACCUGCCGAAAACCGAGAUCAAAGAAGAGGUGAUCGAGGUCGUCGACGAAAUCCCGGAGCCUGAGAAUCUCAGUACCAAGCCCGAGGACUUGAGUAGGUCGGCCCCAAAGCGGCCCCGCUCGCCAUCGCCGGCUCUCGCUCAUUACCCCGUACUCCUUAAGCGCUCGCCCUCGCCGUCUCCGACGCCGUUGGUCCAACUGUCGCAAUUGCCAGCCUAUCAGCCACGCUACCCGAGCAAGGCGACGACACCGCCGACGGCCGUUGCGCCGGUUCAUCCGGUUGCCAAGCGCGCUCGUGUCGAGGUCCUCCAGCACGACAAUUCACCGAGCCAGGGCUGCUCCCCCUUGGUGGCGAAGUCCGGCCCCCCGGAGCCCUUGACCAUCGGCGGCCCCAUCGACUCGAUCGGUCACUACCCCAGCCCCGGCUGGCCCCGAGCAACCGCCGCCCCGCUCUAUCCGGCCCAUUACCUGCCCUACCCAACGGCCUACCGUUACCACGGCGCCGAUCUCUACCCCGCCUAUCCCGUGCCCGCUUACCCGCACUCCUCGCCCGAGCAUCACCGCUCGGUCUCGCCCUCGCCGCCCCACGCGGCCCUCACCUGCCCCGCCGUCCAACGACCUGUUGUCCGUGGCUACGCCGGUCACUGGGCCAGUCCCGAGCACUGCGGCCUCUCGCCAACCGGCUCCAUCGGCUCCCUUGGCUCACUGGGCUCCCUGGGCUCACCGCCCCCGCCUGUCAGCCCCGAGGACCUCUCCUCCCCGUGCAGCGGCAGCGACAGCGGACGCUCAUCCGCCGGCAGUACCUCGGCUGGCCCGACGCUCGUCAAGCUCGAGAAGAACUCGGCGUCGCCUCGCUACCAGUGCCCGGAUUGCGCCAAGUCCUACUCCACCUACUCCGGCCUCUCGAAGCAUCAACAGUUCCACUGCGCCGCGGCCGAGGGUCAAACCAAGAAGACUUUCACCUGCAAGUAUUGCGAAAAGGUCUACUUGACGCUCGGCGCCCUCAAGAUGCACAUAAGAACGCACACGCUGCCGUGCAAGUGCCACCUGUGCGGUAAGGCCUUCUCGAGGCCGUGGCUCCUCCAGGGCCACAUCAGGACCCACACCGGAGAAAAGCCUUUCAGCUGCCAGCACUGUAAUCGCGCCUUCGCCGAUCGGAGCAACCUGCGAGCGCAUCUGCAGACGCACAGCGACGUCAAGAAGUACUCGUGCUCCUCCUGCAGCAAGACCUUCAGUCGAAUGUCACUGCUUACGAAGCACCAGGAGGGAGGCUGUCCAGGAGUCGCUGUGCCAAUCGGCAGCUACGGCUGUUGACGGGCCCGUUCGUUAGAUCGCGCGGCUCCGAUUGUGCCUUAGGGAGACUCUCAGUGACCCCAGAAUGCAGUACAAAACCAAGAGAGACUUUCUUCCUUCGUUAUUUUUACCAUUUAAUUCUUUUCCUCGUCUCUACAUUCAACUCAUUUUAUUCGGCUCAUAUUUUAUAAUAUGGUUCCAUUUUUAUUUUGUAUGCGACGAUUGUGAAGGGCAGCGCGGAGCUGGUUAUAUUGUCAUUGUUGUAAGUUAGGCCGGUGAGACGAGUGACGCGAGACACUUAUUAUUACCGCGAUCGUCGCGGUUUAACCGUGAAACUGUCGUGCCAUCUUUGCAUUUUCCUCUACUAUCUCCUACGCUAAUCGUCGUGCCGUUAUCUCUCGCCACCGAAUUUGAUUUUUCUUCCUUUCCUAUUGGAUCUUAUCCCGUUUUUGCGAAACCUUACUUUUUAGUAAUUUAUGUUCUUAGGUUAUUAAGUCGAGAGAAAUAAAAUAAGA